CUUUCCGCUGCAGGGAGAUAGUAGUCCCGAGCACUAUACCCAUCAUCAAGGCGCUGCAAACACAAGUAUAGAGCAUCAGAUGGGCGAUGAUGUUACGGGCUGUGUUGCCAAGUACACGAAUUUGGAGAUAUGAGUCGUUCCCUCUGAAGAUACUUUCGGUGAUUGAGACUCAACUUCCCUGGCAAGCGCAUUGUUAUAUGUAUUUCACACAUCAAACUUGAGCUUGAGGCUGCUUCAUCUCUAUCUUUUGCAAGUUUGCGGUUGUUACACUCGAGCUUUCCGAGCCAUUCGUCUCGCAUUUCCAUCUACUACCUAACGUUUUCUGUGCACGAUGAAUAGCUUAGAAGGAUCCACGAGCGACUUUGAUGCAAGUGUUGUCAUCGGGCCCGUGCAAGUCUUUGGGCUUUUGAGUAGUGCAUUGUUCGGCUGCCUUGCCUGCCAGUCCUACGUGUAUUUUGCAAAGUUCACGAGCGAUGGUCUCGCCCUGAAAGCAACUGUAUCUGCAGUCCUCUUGAUUCAGUUGGGCCAUUUCGUCUGCAUAAUGUCAAUGUUGUGGACAAUGACCGUCAGCACCUAUGGUGACCCGUCUCAACUCAAUGUUUUUCCCCUAGCGGCAGAUAUGGUCAUUCUGUUGAGCAGCUUUACCGUAUCCAUUGUGCAGUCAUUUUAUGCAUUUCGACUUUGGAAGUUGUCUAGAAAUGUUUCCUUAUCCAUUCUUUGCCAAAUGUUUUCCGUGGUUGCGCAAAUUUCGACAUUUAUUCUCUCAGCAAGGGCGUUUUCUAUGACGGACCUCACAAUGUUUGAAGCCCGUCAAAGCUUGCUGAUUAUGCUCGCUUUCACCACACGUGCAGUCUGUGAUUGGAUCACCACCGCUGGUAUCGCGUGGAAUUUAAAAAAGAAACGAGGCUCUGACAUCAUAGACACGACGACAAUGAUCGACCGGUUGAUUUAUUGGACUAUCGAAACCGCUCUGAUCACCAGUUUGCUCGCCGUCACGGUGAUAAUAUUGCUUCUAGUCCUGAAACAGAACUAUGUGUGGUUUGGAGCAUGGUUGACGUGGCCUAAUGUCAUUGGGAACUCCAUGUUGAUCUCGUUAAAUCGGCGGUUACUCCUUCAGGAGACUCGGAUGCCCUCAAGAAGUCAUGUCCAGAGUCGUGAUGGUGGUUUGAGCACGAAUAUUGUGUUCAGAGCCGAAGCUACGCAACCACAAACAGUCCCACUGAAGAACCUCAACGUGUCCCAAGAAGCAGAACACCCAAUUGAUCAGGAACAAUGGCAGGAUUGCAAGCCUGUGAUCCACUUACGAGAAUGUGUUUAGCAGAUGAUGAAACUCGUUUCUGACUACGAUGUAUGAUGAGAUGAUUUAUUCUUUACAUUUUGUAGGUUGGCAUUAUUAGCCACCAUGAUAGCAUUCAAAUGUUCUUUUCUGGCACCAUCGGUGCCUGCCAGUACAUGCUAGUAUGCGCC